AGCAUCAAGGCACUGUGGGAGACAAGACAGAGCGAGAGAGAGAGAGAGAGAGAGAGAUAGAGGGACACUGAGCUCCAACACUAAAGCCAAGGAGACCGCGGAAACACUCCCCCCCGCCCCAUCACUCCCCCCCACCCCAAAUCCUCAAAGUGCACAGCGAGGAAAGAAAGAAGCAGCGGAGACAAACAAAAGCAUUCUUGGCUUUCAGUUUAAGAGAAGAAGCAGGAAGGAAAAAAAGUGAAUAAUAAGUUGGGCGAGCUGGUUAACUUGACAGAAAGAGAAGGAGAAAAGGCGUGACGGGACGGACUCAAGCUCAUCAUCACUGUCUGCCUCCAGAUACCAAGGAACCGGUGGUUGUGCGCUGCAUGAAGGAUCAGAAGCAGGACCAAACAGGAUGAGAGCGACUCAGAGGAUCACAUCGUUGCUGCUGUCAGUCAGCUUCCUAAUAUUCAGUGUCAGGCUUUCCAAUGCGGACACCACCCAGAAUGUUGUCACAUCCAAGCAGUCAUCAGAGUUUGCAAACGAGACUGAGAACGUCAACUUCAGUGUCCAAACCACAUUGACACAGAAUGUGACAACUGAUCCAAAGAACCAUACGACGCCAUCUAUGGGGACAACUAAUGCGACGACAACGUCUGCUGCGUCUGCCACAGUAAAGUCUGCCACAAACACUACAGGGGAUGAUACCACUACUGCUACUGCUACCGCGUCAAACAGCCCACCAAACACUAGUGUCCCUGUUACAACAACAGCUACAACAACUGCAACAGCCACAACAACAGCAACAACAACAACUGCAACAACAGCUACAACAACUGCAACAAUAGCUGAAAAAACAGCUACAGCAACGGCAACAACAACAGCUACAAUAACAGCAACAGCUGCAACAACUGCAACAGCUACAUCAACAGCUACAACAACAGCUACAAUAACAGCAACAGCUGCAACAACUGCAACAGCCACAACAACAGCAACAGCUGCCAACAGCACUGGGUCAACUGGAGCCCCCAAAUACAUCGUUGCCCCCAAAACAAAGGCAACCUCUGUACCCGUAACAACAGCCGGGACACAAGCGGACACCAACCUGUCUGGCCACGUGGGGACAAGCGAGACCACAAAGGGUUCGACGGGGGCCCUUUCGACGGUGCAACAAUCAGUGGCUCACACCACCAUCCCCACCCAGACGAGCCAGGAGAGCCAAGCAGGUGCCGUGAAAGCGACUGUGGCGUCUAAAGUGACCACGGUCACAUGGAGAGCCGACAACGCGGUGACCACUGGCUACCCCUCCACCCCGGCGGAGAAGGGGCCUUCUACCUCACAGCCUCUUGUUACCAAAGCUGGGACCCCGUCCCCACCACCCCCCUCCGUUGUGACCCAAAUCACCACCAGCCACGCCGCAGCAGCUCAGCCAAAGCAGUAUGCGUAUUCUCUAAACCACGGGGACGAGAAAGAGGAGGAGAAAGACCUGGCGGAGGUGUGCAAGCGGCUGAUGGUCAAUCUACAAGACGGCAACUGCACCCUAACGUGGCAGCACCGCAACGACAAAAUACAGUUUGACCGUGUGGAGAUCAACGGAAAAGUGAAAACCAGCCUCGCAAACCAGUACUAUGAAGAAAUCACCAAGAAACCCACCGAUAGCAAAACCCUGAUCGCCAUCCUGGCCUCCAGUGGAGCUCUGCUGAUCAUGAUCGUCAUCCUCGCCGUCUGUGCCUCGCACCACCGCAGGCCGUACAAUGAGAACCAGCAGCACCUGACGGAGGAGCUGCACACAGUGGAGAAUGGUUACCACGACAACCCGACGCUUGAGGUGAUGGAGGUGCAGCCAGAGAUGCAGGAGAAGAAGACGGCGCUGAACGGAGAGUUCAACGACAGCUGGAUCGUCCCCAUGGACAACCUGCUGAAGGAGGACGUGGCGAGCGAGGAGGACACACACCUGUAGAGACGAGCGGGGGGAGGAGGAGUUGAUUUGUACACUACCACCUGUAAAUAAGUACUUUUUAAGUUGUUUUCUGCGAGCGUGGAAGAGUCAGGUGACGUUCAGUAACAAAGACAAUGUCCACAAAGACGCUUCUUUAGGUUGAUAGAAAGACGAUAGAAAGUGAAAGCUUUUAAAUCCCAGGGUGAGAUUUGCUUUUGUCUAGAAGUCGUCACAGGAUACAGACGACGGAAAAGGCCUCCAGCUUUCUUUCUAAAAAUAGGACUUCUGCGCUUCUCUGAUGUAACCAUGACUUAUGACAAGAUAUCUUAAAAAUACACAUCACGCCUAGUUAUACUUCAAACACAUUCAAAAUAAAAUUGAAUUAUUCAUGUUUUUUAGGGACUACCACUGAAACAGUUUCUCUUUCCACACUGUUGUUGCUGUUGUGUCUUGUGACAUUUUAAACUGUCUGAUUUGAUAUUAAAACCAGGGCACAUCACUGAGUCGGUUCAGUUUGAAUAACUGCAUUCCUUUUAAACCAUUAAGUUAAUAUAUAUGCGAACCUAUAUACAAGUCAAUCACCAUCUUGGGCACUCCAAUAAUCUUUAAUUGCUUUUUUUGUCUAAAGUUUCACUUUUAUUUUAGCUGUCACCAAAGUAUGUUACUAUUUGUUAUGUAUUUAUGUAUUGUUUGCUGCAGAAGGCAAACAACAGGGGUCUGACACACUGGAAGCUGCAAAUGGUCAAUGGCCUCGGCUCAUGUUCUUCUACCUGCUCACAUUUGAAAAUAAAAGGCAGUGUUUUUUUU